AAGUAAACAAAGCAGCAAUGCGGACGAAAGCGAGCGAGACACACACAACACAACAGUGACGCUAGCUCUCAAGCAAAUAGAGGCAGCAGAGCAGACCAUAGAGAGUGGAGAUCAGCCAGCAGCAGCAGCAGCAAGGCUGAGCCGCCGCCCCCACGAGUGGAGUGGAGGCAGCAGCCAGCGACAAGGCUGAAUCCGGGAGGUCCGCGCGCCGCAGCCGUGGCUGCCAUCGCAGGCGCCGCCGCCGCCGCCGCUUGUGAGAGGCGCUCGUCUUGUAUUCACGAGGAGGGCGACGACACCCCCUCGGCAAAGGAGCUGGCCACUGGCCCCGCCCUGUGAUGGCUGCUGCCCGUGCCCCGGCGGCGAGGGGACGCGUAGGUGCUCCGGAGGCGGCAGCUGCGUGGAGGGGCGGCGGUCUCCGCGCGAAGCAGGCCGGGCGCGCCAGCUGCCGCGGCGCGUAGACCGAGCGACUGGACGCCGUCUCUCUCUCUCUCUCUCUCGCAAUCCGAGUCGGGGGCUCGGGGCUAGGGUUUUGGCGCUGAGGGCGCCGGGGUUCUAGCGGAGCGGCUGGAGGAAGAGGGGAGGGGGCGGGGGGCACGGAGAUGGCGGUCGGGGACGCGCUGCGACGGCUGUGCGAGGAGAUCGGGUGGUCCUACGCCGUCUUCUGGAAGGCCAUCGGUGCUGCAGACCCCGUGCAUUUGGUGCAGGAGGACGGCUACUGUGGCCACACGUCAUGUCCUGUCGGAUCUGAGCCUUCCGAAUCUCUGCCCAGCGACGCCGGGUGCUCUGUUCCUGCUGCUAACACCAUCUGCUCGCUUGUUCACAGCGUUAUGGCGUCGCAGGUCCAUGUCGUCGGACAAGGGACCGUAGGCCGUGCUGCGUUCAGUGGCAACCACCAAUGGAUCGUCCGCGGUACCGCCAAUGGUCACGGGCUCUCCUCCGAGGUUGCUGCGGAGAUGAACAAUCAGUUCAGAGUUGGCAUUCAGACAAUUGCGAUCAUUCCUGUGCUGCCACGGGGUGUCCUGCAGUUAGGCUCUGCUGGUUUGGUUAUGGAAAACAUAAAUUUUGUGAUGUUUGCAAAGAAGUUGUGUUCUCAGCUAAACAACCGUUCAAGCAUGGCUGCAUCUGCUUCGGCUAAAAACGCUUUAAGUCAGCAUGGCCAGUCACGUCCUGAUACUGCAACUGUGUCAACUAGGACACCACCAAAUGCAUUGCUGAAUGCAUCUUUGCUUAAGGUUGCACAACAGAGUGGUCACCCUGUUAGAGAGCACGUUGUCUAUGCUGAGCCUGACCUUAGGUUUAGACAACAAGCAUCCUUCUGCGAGAACCAAUUUGGAAGUAAUUUACAGAGUGUUGUUAUGAACUCAAGUUUGACCUCCCCAAGCUUGGCAUCAGUUAAAAAGCAGCCACUCUUGAUGAACAGCAUUGGGCAGUUACAGUUCAGUAAUUAUGUGCAUUCAUCGGCAGAUUUGGCAAGAGAUGUCAUAUUAAAAUCCCUUGUGCGCCAGGACUCUUCUGUCUGCGAAACUACAAACAUGAAUAUGCAUCGUGGAAGAUAUAUGGUAUCCAAUGAUAUAAAUGGUUCUGGGGAUUUUGAUUUUCUCCCUGUAGGUGCCAAAGCAAGCAGAGCCAACUUAUCAACCAGUGUGUCGAGUCAAAUAUUGGACCACACAACAAGAACACUGCAGCAAAAACAGUCUCUUGUCCCAUUCAAAGUCACCCAAUCUUCUGAAUUCAAUAAGAAAAUGGAGAACCCUGAAAAUGGAUCAUUUCAAACCCCUUCAGUUCCAACUUCUGAAUCUGGUGGUCAGGUUUCUAACAGUUUCAACAUGGACCAAGAGAAUCAAUUGAUUAUGUCAAACAAUGUACGGCAAGUUCAAAAGAUUAAUAGAUUUAGUGAUCCAAGUGCUAAUGUAAGCACUCAGAGAAUGAAGAACAGGGAUGUAUGCGAGUCGGGAAUGCCCAUUGAGAGAGGUUCCUCGUUGCUAGUGGAGCCUGGUGCAGAUAAUGACUUGUUUGAUAUGCUUGGUUCUGAAUUUCAUCAGUUCUCCCACAACGUUGGGUCUGAUUUGGUCACCUGGAGUGGUACAGAGUCUCAGAAUUCAGAUAGAGAUGGCCCUGAAUCAUCAAUAUAUCUCAAUAGCUCACCCCUUUUCAGUUCGUUAGACAACGAGCUUCACUAUUCUGGUAUCUUAUCACUAACUGAUACUGAUCAACUAUUGGAUGCUGUCAUCUCAAAUGUCAAUCCAAGUAGUAAACAGUGUCCUGAUGAUAGUGCUUCUUGCAAGACUGCAUUGACGGAUGUUCCUAGCACAUCUCAUCUUGGUUCAAUAGACUUGAAGAGAUGUGAGUCCUCCGGCGUUCCUUCAGUGCUAAUUAAGCACGAAUUGGCACAGCUUGUUAAGCAACCAUGUAUUUUUGACAAAUCUGAGAACUGUCUUUCCCAAAAUAAUGGAAUGCACAAGUCUCAGAUACGCCUUUGGAUUGAGAGUGGUCAGAACAUGAAAUGUGAAAGUACUUCAGCUUCUAACAGCAAAGGUCUUGAUACGCCAAGCAAGGCGAAUCGCAAGAGAUCUCGACCCGGUGAAAGUGCUAAGCCACGACCUAAGGACCGGCAGCUGAUACAGGACCGUAUUAAAGAGCUUCGUGAGCUUGUACCGAAUGGGGCAAAGUGUAGCAUUGAUGGUUUGUUGGAGAAGACGGUUAAGCACAUGCUUUUCUUACAAAGUGUGACGAAGAAUGCAGACAAGCUCAAGGACUCUACCGAGUCUAAGAUACUUGGUAGUGAAAAUGGCCCCCUUUGGAAAGACUACUUCGAAGGUGGGGCUACCUGGGCUUUUGAUGUCGGCUCUCAGUCUAUGACAUGUCCAAUCAUUGUUGAGGAUCUUGACCGACCUCGUCAGAUGCUUGUGGAGAUGCUUUGCGAGGAUAGAGGAAUCUUCUUGGAGAUAGCUGAUUUCAUCAAAGGACUAGGACUGACUAUCUUGAGGGGUGUGAUGGAAAUGCGCAAAAGUAAAAUCUGGGCACGGUUCACUGUUGAGGCGAACCGGGACGUAACCAGAAUGGAGAUCUUUCUAUCGCUUGUGCGCUUAUUGGAGCCAAACUGUGACGGCAGUGCAGCGGCGGAGAACGCUAGCAACAUGAACAUGCCUCUUGGCUUGGUGCACCAACCUGUCAUCCCAGCAACAGGCAGCAUCCAAUGAGACUAGAGGAAACCCUGAAGCAUCUUCCCAAGUGCUAAGAGCAGGAGCUCAACUAACUUCUGCAGUGACUAGCAUCGCCAAUAUGCCAGUGCAUCGCCUGCUUUUCCUGAGACAUCUUAAUCCGUGCAAAUGUGACAUCCUUCAUGAGACCAGGUCGCAGAAAUGGAAGAAGGAAAACAACGCCAAGAGUGAUUGUUAGGCAGUGUUUUGUUUGUAUGAUCUUAGUUUGUUUGUUAGUUAGCGCUGUUUGGUCGUAUAUUAGCGGAUUUUUUUGGUACUGUUAUUCAGAAUGGAAAUUCUUGGGUUGGUUUAUUUCACACCAAAAAAGAGAGAUGGAAUACCACCUUUGUUAUAAAUCUUCUCACAUCAGAACCAGUUAGCAUGACUAGUGGAAAAACACCUGAGCAGAUUUGUCAUUGCUCCGAACAGAUACUGCUGGCAACAUUCAGAGGUACUAGAUCACUGGAUUCUAGCUGAGGCCACCAACAAACAUCUCACUGGAGCAGCAUUAUCCACAAUGUCAUCUAACAGCACAUGGUGCUGCCAAUGAAUCACAAUGUGCUAUGUUUACAGUAAGCAAAACAAAUACUGAAUUGCUGCAGAUAA